AUGCUGAGUUGGAUCCUGUUUAUGACUCGAACUACCCUCCUCUUACAAAAUGGACAAAGGAUUAUCCUAAAACGCAAAAAAAUUGGUGAAUCGUCUAAGCGAGUUCUCACACGCUCUCAACUUAAAGCAAAACAAAUUGUUUUGUUCUCACAAGUUGAAUAUUGUAUGUUUAAUUCGUUUGUCUCCAAGAUUGAAACAAAGACAAUGAAUGCUACCAUUGAUCACUCUGAUUGGGUGCUAGCAAUGCAAGACGAAAUCCAUGAUUUUGAACGUAAUCGUGUUUGGAGGCUGAUUCCCACACCAAAGGAUGCAUCGGUGGUUGGUUUGAAAUGGGUAUUCAGGAAUAAGCUUGAAAAAGAAGGUAAUGUAAUUCGCAACAAAGCGAGACUUGUGGUAAAAGGUUACUUUCAGGAAAAAGGGAUAGAUUAUUAG